AUGUGAAACAUGUGAUGGUGUUACCGCAGCUCAUCCGGACCAGAUCAGUUGUCCCCGGAACAGAGCCACUGGACAGAACCGGCGGCUGGUCGAGUCGCCAUCAAGAGUGCUGCUUCUCGGCUGUAUCGGUGGGGUAGUCUUUCCAGAAGAGCGGAAAAAACCGCGCGACAUUUUCUGUGAAGAUAACGCUCAAACAAAACAGGACAGAAUGAACUGUGACAUCACGGAAGCCAGUUGCUCUGAAGAUGACACUACAGCAAACGGAGGAUACCCGCCGUCUCCUUGGUCCAAGGAACAAAUCUACGACUUGAUGGCGAAGAGGUCUCGUGUCUUGAGGUAUCACUUCGCAGGUAGGGAAAUACACAUCAAGGAGGCAAACAUAGGCAUACAAGAAGAAGUCGGCACCAAGGUCUGGCACGCUGGUGAGGCCUUCUGCGAGUUCAUCCAGCGCCGGGGACGUCAGUUUGAGGACAAGAAGGUGAUUGAAGUAGGUGCCGGGACUGGGCUGGUCGGCAUCGUGGCUAGCCUCAUGGGUGCUGACGUCACUCUUACCGACCUAAAAAGCAUCUUGCCUAAUAUGGAAGAGAACGUAAAAAUCAACACAGAGGGAUGCAAACAUCGCCCGAAGGUUUGUGAACUUGAAUGGGGAAGAGAGCUCCACAAGUACACCAAAGGCCAGUACGAUUACGUCAUCGGCACUGACGUGGUUUAUGAGGAGCACAUGUUCCGCAGCCUGGUGGUGACCCUGAAGCACCUGUGUGACCAGAAGACACGGGUACUGCUGUGCCAUCACGUCAGGUGGCCGGACAAGGACGAAAAGUUCAUGAAGCUUUUCUCGGAGAGCUUCACCAUAGUUAACCAGCGAAGGCUCCCUAAACAAGACUUAACUGUGUACCUGUUCGAGGCUAAACUCAAGGGAACACAUUAAAAGGGACUGGGAAAACGGUGUGACACCAACGCCGAUUACUGAUCAAUUUACAUGUAUAAUGUUGUCGGUGCUUGCAUAGUUUAACUUUUCAGACGUUAACAGUGGCCUGUCUUUACAUGACGCCUGGACAGGUUAGACUUAUUCUUUUUGGUAGUUUGCUUUUAGCUUGAAAAUGCUGCAUUUUAUGGUGUGAUUUAUUCAUCUAUAAGGAAACAUGUAUGGUAUCAAUAGCUUCUUCGUUACUUUCCAAGAAUCUUGUCUGACAUGUGUUGUGAUUAUUACCAUAACUGUUGUUAACUAAAUGAUAUAUUAUUUUUUGCCUUUCAAUAUUAUUGACAAAAGAUACCAUAUUGUACUAUAUAUAAUAUCUUCAAGUACUUCAAGCACGUUUUAAGUUGUAACGUUUUGACUGCGCUUGUUUUAACCGACAUCAACAUGCUAGGUUCAAGUUCCAGGUCAACCAUAAAUAUUUUUGCUGUUGUCAGUAGGCGUCUAGAGUUUCGUCAACCGAUAUGCUAGUGGACUUGCUGUUGAGGCCUUGACACCACCAUAAUAUUGCGAAGUCAGUGGUACAAUGUAGGAAGAGGAUAUGAUUCCGUUGGAAGAGGAUAUGAGAUUUUCUCCACGCCAAAUGUAGAACACGUCCAAUAGCUACGGAUACAGGGCAGGAGAGCAUUGAUGUCAGGGAUUUGUGGCAACAAAAAGAAAUUGAACUAAAUAUACUGACGUUAGUCGUUGUCAAGGGUGUGAAAGGGCUUCGCGAGUUUUCAGAAUUUUCGAAUGAAGAAGUUUCUUAAUCAUCACUGAUGUAGUCACCUUUUUGUCAGAUGAUCUUCCCCGCUGGCAAGAAGGAGCAUUCUGCCAUCAAUAUUACGGGUACCGUGUAACGUUAAGUGGAAAUCUGGCGCUGUCAUUCUUUAUCAAAACCGUAGAUGGCGCUUUUUACUGGAGGCCACAUACACUACAAUGAUGUAGCUAGACUGUCGUGGUUUUCAAGCCUCGCCACUCACCAGGCUAGGGCGAUUACCGAGUUACCUACUUGGCCACCUCAACUUCCUCCGAGCUGAGAGGAUUCCAAAGGUAAUUGACAGACUGUGAAGGGUGUUUUUGGGACGCCGGAGGACUAGCUUGCCGUUGCGUUUGACGUCAUAACCGCCUGGUACCGGAUCAAACUUGUCAGGUAUUUCCAAAGUUCGCGCCUUACUAUAAAUACCUCAUCUCCACCGCUGUUAACAGUUGUGCGACCCCUCACACUUGUCAUCGUGUCUCUGAAUCUGAACGCGAUGUAAGAUUUAUCCUCGUGGUAACCACACACCCAGGGCGGAGGUGGUAUGUGCUCGGCAUACUAUGACGAAAGGGCGAGUGAAAACAAUGUGUAUAGCACAGUGUUUCUGUAAGUAUCAGUAUACAUACCGCAUGUUGAUAUGACCCUGAGUCUCAUGUACGUGUAAUAUUUUGUACACAUUUUAUCUUCAACUGCUAAGGACUAACAAGACUACCUGUAACUUUCUUGUCAUUACACUGUGGAUAAGCAAAUGGCAGUGCAUGUAAUUACGUAAUAGGCGGUAUUUGUGCAUUCUCCAUCCUUUGAUGAUAUCUUCAUUACG